UUUAUAUGGGUGUUUUAUUUUGUUUUGUAUAAGCAACUUCCCAUUUGCAAAACCAGGAAAGGAUUUAUGGGCCAAACUCUGAAGACACUAGCUUCUGGAAAUGAGCAGGAAAUAAAAACUAAAGCCAUUUGUAAUGCAAUAGAAGAAUUCUACAAUUCUCAUUUGGAGAAUUCCGAGAAGGAGUGGACAUUAACUGAUUUUUAUCGAGCAAUAUGUGAAGUUAUUGAGGAAAUCAACAGGAAGAUUGGUAGCACACAAUUUCGUGUCCCGCCUAUUGAGACACUUGACCAAGCUUACAAGGCUCAUAACUUAGGGGGAGAGAAGAAAACACUGACAAAGGAUGAGUUUCUGAAGGUGCUUCAAGAGAUGGUAAUAGGAACGGGGUUCACCGGAGUUGGAGGAGCUAGAGAUGUUCUGCUCUUUAUUUUUGGAGUUCCUGUAACUGCUCUUUUUCUCAAACACAGAAUAGCUCCCAACUCCUUACCUGAUGAUGUAUUUAUUCCGGCUGUCACUUCUGCCACUGUUUACCUUCUUGCCAAACUUAACAAGAUUUGACCCAGUUUAAUCUUCUCUCACCUUUCACUCAUACCCUCUUCAAUAUAUAUAUAUAUACAUACAUACAUACAUACAUAUUGACUUCU